CCUCUUCCCCGAGUACCGGGGCCGAAACUUGCCUCACUCACUCCUACUGGGAACACUAACAUCAAAUCCAUUGAGGAACUGGGAAGCUCCUCCGACAAAGAUGCCUAUGUCUGGAAGGUGGAGAUUCAGAGGUCAGUCUACGCGCUGAAGAUGAGCGAUUACUUCCAGUUCAACAAUUGGCAGUAUCUCAGGAAAAGUCCAGGGCAGGCUCUCAGGUACGCCCUCCCCAAGAGUCAAUACUACUUCGACUAUCUCGACCAUUUUUGCUGCGAGUGUCGGAUAUACGGCCGUCUUAAAGAAGAGCAUCGCGAGGACAUCGCCGUUCGAGCACACGGCUACCUACUCCUUAACCCCCAGAAAGAAGAGGAGAUUAUCAAGAUGAUAAUGGGCAUCGAUUAUGAACAGGACCACCACGACUCGAAGCUCAAUGGUCAGAACAUCUGGGUCCUGUAUGAGCAGCACCGUGGACAACCUGUUCGGGCGAUUGUUAAGGACCUCGCUCGACCUGACUGCACACUCUUUCGAGACCAGGCAGAUCCCGCAAAUGUGGACUGACCUAAACACCCUUCAUGCGCUGGGGAUCGUGGUUCAGGACAUCCAUCUCGGUAACUACCUGGGUGGAAAGCUGAUCGACUUCAGCCGGGCUUGGACCAUGUAUCAUCCGUGUCUGGAUGAUGAUAGGACGCAGUCUAUGCUGGAAAGGCUCUCAAGGAGGGAUGCGCGGAUCUGAGGGUAUGAUUGACGACCAUUGUGGUUAUGACGUGCAAGGAAUACCGGAGGAGCAUCAUGAGUUUACCGCAAAGAAAUGCGAUGCUGGAACAGACCAGACGCUGUACAACUGGCGGGAACAGGGAGGUGAGGAGGCGGAAGCUCAUGUAAAGGAGCUCUAUACCGAGCAUGGGGUCGAGUCCUAUUCCGACGGCA